UUAAAGCCUCCAUUUCAUUUCCUGGUUAUCUCUCACCUCAACUAUUACAACUCCCUCCUCAUUGGAUUACCUUUACAUAGGCCACUCCCCCAUCAGUCCAUCCAACACUGGCCUCCAUUCAGUGUCCCUUCCCCCACCCCUCUCAGCCAAUCCUUCCACUGGCCACCAUUGAGUGUCCUCUACCCCUCUCUGCCAAUCCCUCCACUGGCCUCCAUUCAGUGUCCGCCACCCCCCUCUGCCAAUCCCUCCACUGGCCUCCAUUCAGUGUCCUCCAUCCCUCUCUGCCAAUCCCUCCACUGGCCUCCAUUCAGUGUCAUCCACCCCUCUCAGCCAAUCCUUCCACUGGCCACCAUUCAGUGUCCUCUACCCCUCUCUGCCAAUCCCUCCACUGGCCUCCAUUCAGUGUCCGCCACCCCCCUCUGCCAAUCCCUCCACUGGCCUCCAUUCAGUGUCCUCCAUCCCUCUCUGCCAAUCCCUCCACUGGCCUCCAUUCAGUGUCAUCCACCCCUCUCAGCCAAUCUCUCCACUGGCCUCCACUCAGCGUCCUCCACCCCUCUCUGUCAAUCCCUCCACUGGCCUCCACUCAGUGUCCUCCACCCCCCUCUGCCAAUCCCUCCACUCAGUGUCCUCCACCCCUCUCUGCCAAUCCCUCCACUGGCCUCCAUUCAGUGUCCUCCACCCCUCUCUGCCAAUCCCUCCACUGGCCUCCACUCAGUAUCCUCCACCCCUCUCUGCCAAUCCCUCCACUGGCCUCCAUUCAGUGUCCUCCACCUCUCUCUGCCAAUCCCUCCACUGGCCUCCACUCAGUGC